GCGCAUCCGCUCGGGCCUCUCUCGUCUUGAUGACGACACCGCGCCCGCUGCACCGUAGUGCCUGCACAGGACAGUACGAUCUUUCUCGUCGGUUCGUCCGGACGCCGGUCAGGCGCGGGUGGGCGAAUGCGACCGGCCUGGCCUGCCCCCUUCGUCCGUCCUCACGAGAAUUCUGCUCUGCGAGCCAUCAGGAGGCCGCUGCUGCUGCCAAUGCUGCUGCUGAUGCUGCAACUCCACCCUCUUCUCGUUGUGGGGGCUACUGCUGCUGCUGCUGCUGGAGUUGAUGGUGGUGUUGGGUGGGGACUCGGGAGGACGCCGGGACAGUACCUUCUCGCGCGCGCUCGGGCAGGCUGCUCCGGAGUCCGGUCUGGCGAAUCAGUACGUGUACCCGGAUCCGGUCGUCCUGCCAACCUCCCACAUUUGGGUUCACGAGGAGCUUGGGCAGCUGGCCCCGCUUAAGCUCCCGGUGCCAGGGCGAGGAUCUGCAGAUGCCACUGGGGCCUCUGGUGGGAAAGGCGUGGAGACGGAACGAAGGAAGGCUGCCGCAGGAGGAAGAACAUCGUCGCGCGAGUGGGUGGAUUCAGCAGGUGAAUGUGCGUGAGAUCGGCGCCUGAGGCUGCUCGCGUCUUGCUCAUAUUUUCGGCAUGAUGAGGAGGCUGUAACCGCGUUUGGCAGCCUGCACCUCCGGCCCUUUGACAUUCACCUGUUCGCUUCUUCUAUAAAGGAGAUGCUGAGCUGCGUCUUCUCGUCGGAACGUUGAAUCUGCGAUUGGCCGAGCCGUGAGAAAGACGGGAUUGUCGAAGGAAGGAAGGCAGCCAGGAAGACAGAAAGAAAGAAAGAAAGAAAGAAAGAACGAGGUUCCUCGAUUGAUUGACGAUUGGCGUCGGCCGUAUUGGUCCAGUCUCGGAGUUCGGUCAGAGAGCUGGCACUCGGGUUGAGAUUGGUCGCGAAAGGAGCGGUGUCGUAAGAGGGCGAUCAAGGAACCGAUGACAAGAAGAUUUCUCCGCUGUAGACCGCAGUCGUUUGCAGAUGGGUCUUUCGCUCAGCUGGACGACAAUCUUUUGUUGAACGUGUUGAGCCGGCUUACGGACUCGGCGGACCGGCAAGCGUAUCGUUUGGUGUGUAGACGGUUUUUGGGUUUGGAGGCAAAUUCCAGGAAUAGUUUGCACCUGUUUCGAGUUGAAGGUCUGGAGCCUCUGCUCCGCCGUUACAGAGAUAUUCAGCAUUUGGACCUUUCGGCCUGUGUAUUGGAGAGCGAUGAGACCCUUGAGAUCGUCGGAGAGUAUACUGGGGAGAAUUUGAGGUCCAUAAAUUUAUCUUCUUUGAAUACUUUCACCGAAGUAGGCCUGUCAUGCCUGGCCAGCAAAUGUUCACUCUUACGAGACCUGGAUCUGACCCACUGCACGCAAAUCGGAGAUCAGGGAAUGAUAUCUUUGUCCAAUUUGAAGGAGCUGGAGAGCUUGAAGUUGGUGAAUUGCAGAAACAUUACAGACGUGGGGUUGGGAUGUGUGGCUGCUGGGUGCAAGAAGCUGAAGUUUCUGAGCCUCCGAUGGUGCUUGGGAAUUUCCGAUGUCGGCAUUUCACUCGUCGCUUCAAAUUGCAACCAAUUACAGACUCUAGACCUUUCAUAUACAGAUGUUACCUCAAAAGGGCUCAACUCCAUCACCCUUCUUCAGUCACUCAAGAAUCUUGUUAUGGUCUCAUGUAAUAGCGUCGAUGAUGCCGCGUUGGCUGUUCUCAAGAGGUGCUCCAAGUCCUUGUUGAGGCUCGAUGUUGCCAGGUGCGUAAAUGUAAGUGAGCGAGGAAUCAUGGCUUUGGCUUCUGGUGCAACUCCAUUACAACAAUUAACUCUUUCUUACUGUUCACCGAUAACCGAGGCACUAUUGAAGAGCUUUGGGAAAUUUGAAAGUCUGCUCGCCAUCAGGCUCGAUGGAUGUGACAUUGCUCCCAAUGGGCUAACCUUCAUAGGCAGGGGCUGCAAGUUAUUGAAGGAAUUUAGUGUAUGCAAGUGUCGAGGGAUCACCGACGAGGGAAUUCAGGUGAUCGUGAAUGGGUGCCAAAACUUGCACAAGCUUGAUCUCACUUGCUGCCGCGACCUCUCAGAUGUAACGCUCGCUUCUAUAGCGAGCUCAUGUCGACAACUUCGUAGCCUCAAGAUGGAAGCCUGCAACUUGGUGACAGACAAGGGACUAGGUCUGCUUGCAAAUGGGUGCAUGUCCCUAGAGGAGUUGGAUUUGACAGACACCCAUAUCAACGAUGAAGGUUUGAAGUAUUUAGCAAGAUGCACAGCUCUCAGAUCGUUGAAGUUGGGCUACUGCUUGAACUUAACAGACAAAGGAGUUGGAUACAUUGCUGCAAGUUGUUGCAACCUACGAGAGAUAGAUUUGUACAGGUCUACGGGUAUAGGCGACGCUGGCAUCUCGGCUCUUGCCAAUGGGUGUAGAAGGUUGAGGGUGAUGAAUUUGUCGUACUGUGCACGAAUCACGGAUGCCAGCCUUCAUUCGAUUUCUCAGCUUCGGGAUCUGAACAAUUUGGAAAUCAGAGCUUGCUCUCUUGUGACAUCAGUUGGUCUGUGCUCAAUAGCCGCUGGAUGCAAAAAACUGCUGGAGCUUGAUCUCAAACAUUGCGUUUCCAUUGACGACAAGGGACUAAUCGCUAUCGCUCAAAACUGUCCAAACUUAAGACAGGUGAAUCUAUCCUUCAGCCCUGUUGGUGACGAAGGGCUAGCUGCGAUAGCAAGGCUGAGUUGCAUCCAAAAUAUGAAACUUAUACACAUCAAAGAAGUGUCCAUCGAAGGUCUCUCGAGCGCUCUUCCCGCAUGUACAAGUCUGAAAAAGAUCAAGCUCGAAGCAUCCCUGCGCGUGCAGUUAUCACCUGAAACGCAGCGCAUUGCUGAGUCUCGUGGGUGCAGACUUCGUUGGAUGGGGAAAUAUCAACAUUCCCUUGAAGACCUGGACGACUGACAUUGACUGCACGUAGGAAAAACAAAUUUACAGAGAAGAAAUUUAUCAGCCAACGAGCUUUAGGUUUAGAAUACCCGUCGCAGGCGGGCUAUCGUCAGGUGCCGAAACUUGGCUACAUCUACCACGAGGGGGAGAUGCGAAUGACUAAGAACAGUUAGACCGAGAACCACAUACAGUACAUACGUCCUGCGAGCUGACGGUCAGUCGCACACAUUCUGUACUUGGAAAGAGAGAAAACAUGUCCUGAUGCAGUCUACUCGACUCCGUCAGAUAAAUUUGUACGAUUUAUCUCCUGGAAUCAACCAUUUUGAUACAGACUCGGUAUAGUUGAUGGACACAUUUCCCACACGACUUCCUUUUGAAAUCGGUGUCCGUCUCCUAUGCCGGGUCAGAAUACAACAUGCUAAACGAGCUACCUGUUCAUGCAAAUCUGUAAGCCUC